AUGACUCGCUAUUAUUCCGCUAUUGAUCGGUUCUUUAACAGAUUCCGUAAAAAGGGAUUCUUCAUAUAUACAUCAAUUGUUGUCGCAGCAACCAUAUAUUCAAUGUAUUCAUUGUCAAAUUUGCCAGAUGUACGGGAAAUUAAAGAUAAGGAAACUAAACGAUUAAGGGAUAAAAAGAAAAAGAAAGCUAAUGAUCAAGUAGAGAAGGAUAAGGAGAGUAAACUUAAAGAAAGUGACGAUAUUAAUGACCCAAUUAAAAAAGAACUUGCAAAAGAUCACAAUCAGAUUGAUAACUGGACUAGAAAGCAAUUAUAUUCAUUUUUGGGAAAACAUAAUAUAUUCCCGAAUCUUGAUAUAACAUUGGAUGACCUUAAAGAACAAGCUAAGGCUGUUUUUUAUAAUGACAUUGUGGCGGAGAUUUAG